GACAUUCUCUGGGUUUUGAAAGAACUAGGUUAAGGUUUUUGUGAGAAGAUGGAUGAGGAACAACAAAACCUUGAAAGCUUCUUAACAUGGGCAUCAGAGCUUGGAAUAUCAGAUUCAACAAGCAACAACCUAUCUCAACACUCUCUUUCCUCGUGUUUGGGUUCUUCUCUUUCUGUCUCUCAUUUUCCUCACUCUGGCGGUAGAGGUUUGGGUGCUGUGAGAGACCUUAGGAGGGGAGAAAUUGUUCUCAGAGUUCCCAAAUAUGCUUUAAUGACAAGAGAGAGUGUAAUGGAAGAUAAAAGGCUCUCUGUUGCCGUCAAUAAGCACUCUGCUCUCUCCUCAGCUCAGAUGUUGAUUGUUUGCUUGUUGUAUGAAAUGGGUAAAGGGAAGACUUCAAGGUGGCAUCCUUACCUCAUGCAUUUGCCACACACUUAUGACGUACUAGCUAUGUUUGGUGAAUUUGAGAAACGUGCUUUGCAAGUGGACGAGGCAAUAUGGGUCACGGAAAAAGCUACAGUAAAAGCCAGAUCAGAGUGGAAAGAAGCUCAUGCUUUGAUGGAAGAUCUCAUGUUUAAGCCCCAGUUUUUAACAUUUAAGGCUUGGAUUUGGGCUGCUGCAACGAUAUCUUCUCGAACAUUGCAUAUACCGUGGGAUGAAGCUGGGUGUUUAUGCCCUGUGGGUGACUUGUUUAAUUAUGAUGCACCUGGAGAGGAGCCAUCUGAUGUUGAGGAUUUAGAGCAUUUGCUAUCUAACACUUCCAUCCCUGAUUCUAUCAAAUUGAAUGUAGACAACGAUAUAAUGGCAGAGGCAGAACAGCUUGAUCCUCAUUCUCAGAGAUUAACAGAUGGUGGGUUUGAGGAGGAUAUGAAUGCAUAUUGUUUUUAUGCCAGGGCACAUUACAAGAAAGGAGAUCAGGUUCUAUUAUGCUAUGGAACUUACACAAAUUUGGAGCUUCUUGAACACUAUGGGUUUCUCCUACAAGAAAAUCCAAAUGACAAAGUUUUUAUCCCUUUGGAACCUGCUGUAUAUUCUUCAACUUCAUGGUCCAAGGAAUCACUCUAUAUCCAUCAUAAUGGGAAGCCUUCCUUUGCAUUACUAACUGCAUUGCGGUUGUGGGCAACCCCUCAAAACAAGAGGAGGUCUGUUGGACAUCUUGUGUAUUCUGGUUCUCAACUGUCUGAAGACAAUGAAAUUUUCAUCAUGAAAUGGCUGUCAAAAACUUGUGAUGCUGUGUUAAAGAAUCUGCCAACAUCUAUUGAGGAAGACUCCUUGCUCCUUAAUGCAAUGAAUAGCAGUGAAGAUUUUUUUACUUUCAUGGAGAUCACAGAGUUUAUGUCUUCUAAGGAUGAGAUUUAUACCUUCUUAGAAGCACAUAACAUAAAGGAUGCACAUAGUUUUACUGACAUAAUUUUAACAAGAAAAGCAAGAAGGUCCAUGGACAGGUGGAAAUUAGCCCUCCAAUGGAGGUUCAAGUAUAAGAAAGUCCUUGUUGAUUGUAUCUCUUAUUGCAAUGAAAUACUGAAUUCUUUUAUGAAAUAAUGGUUUCAUGGACUGCCUGCAGUGUAGUUAAGGUUUUUUCCCCCUUUCUUUAGAUAGUAGUUUCUUAUUGAUCGAAAGAAGGAAGUGAACGGAUAUUAUAUUACCAGAAAUGGGUGAAAUAGGAAAGUUAAGCUUUUUUUUUUUUUUUUUACAAAAAGUUCAGUUAGUUGAAUUCCAGGGGCUCAUUAGCGUUAGGGUAGGCUUCAAGAUUUUAUGAGUACUAGUAGAGAUACUUACAGAUUGUUUAACAACAUGGUCUUCACAUUGAUAGGAAUCAAACUCAUCUUUUUGGUAUGAGUAUGUUUGUUAUCAAUUGGAUCUAUCUUUGUUGACAGAAAUGUUACCUUAUGUAACACUAAUGUGGAUCUUUUACGGAUCUGUUAACUUUAUAUUGAUGACUUUAAAGAGGUGUUUAGAUGAUUAUAAAGCAAUUUUUCUGUUGAUCUUAUGUUGGCAUCCAAAUUCUGAUGGGA